AUGCCUGAUAUACUUCAAUUGAUCAUCAAUCAAACAUCUUCCGAUAAUAAUGCGAGACGCAAUGCCGAGCUUGAGUUCAACCAAGUCGUGAGUCAAAAUCCUUCGGAGUCGGCCUACCUUAUUCUUGAAUAUUCGCUCAAUUCAGAACUCCCUGUUGACGUGCGUCAAUCGUGUUUACUUCAACUCAAACGAAUAGUGCCCAAGUUUUGGUCCAUGGGGUUUGGCUCGUUUGUGGGCCCACCAGUUGCACAAGAUUUGAAGCUGGUCAUUAGGUCACGCUUGCUAGAUCUCGCUGUGGGAGAUACAAACUCCAAGAUCCGCAAUGGUGCGGCAUAUGCUAUUGUGCAAAUUGCCUCUGCCGACUACCCCGACGAGUGGCCUGACUUGAUUGCUAAAUUGUAUGUCGCAACCACAGAUUAUGCAAACGAAACGGCAAUGUUGGGUGGUUUACUGGUUCUUACUGAUUUGUUUGAUGACCUCAUCACCGAAGAACAAUUUUGGGAAGACGGUAUUGGUGCACAAGUAAUAAACCACCUAAAUGCGAUUUUGGAAAAUAACAAGGUUACUCUUGCAGUGAAAACACAAGCAAUGAAAUUAUACGAGUCGGUAUUAGCAAUAUUGAAAAGCCCAGAAGCGUUUAAAGAUUCUAAGAGAAAAAACUUUGUUAUUGAUCAGGUCACAAUUACAUUGAAGAUUUUCAUCCAGCUCAUAUUGUUGGAAGGUGGAAACUUGGUUGAAAUCGAGUUCAAGAGUAAUGUCUACAAGUCAAUGGCUACAAUUAUUGGCACUUUCCACCUGCGACUCCCUUUUGAGACAAAGUCCAAUGUGUUAAGUUUCACGAUAAAAGAUGUCUCGCGAAUUGCACCAUUGUAUAACCAGGUGGCUUUGAACGAGUAUAAGGCGCCCUUGUACCUGGACCUUGACGCCGUGUCUCUGUUCAAUAACCUUAUCGAUGGAAUAUUCCAGACGAUAUCAUGUGUGCAACAUGAUGUUUCAAUCUCGCUGGUUGCAAACAUCCCAGAAUUUCUCAAGAAUGCAUUGGUGUGUACCGCAUUGCCCAAAGAGGUUGUUGAAGAAUAUCAAGAUGAUUUGAAUUCAUACGUUGCAGAAAUUACGGGUCUUUCAGUCAAUGUCAAUCCAAGAGAUCUGAUUUUGGAUUUCUGGGGUGAAUUAAACUCUGGGGACGUGCAAGAGGCUUGUACAGCGCUUGUGGAGCUUUUUCAAAAAGAUGACGGAAGAUUGUUGGAAGCACAAUUGUUUACUUUAGAAGGAAUUUUGUCAAACGAUCACGAAUUAACACGGGUGCCGUUACAAACAAUAGUUUCAUUCAUUUCAUAUCAGACUCCUGCAUUGGUAGCUGCACGAUGUUUUUUGUUGCUUCCUAAAUAUUUUGAGAAAUUUGGCAGCGAUGAUAUUGCUGAUAACGGAGAUGAUGGCAUUUGCAAUCAGGCAAGGAAAGUGUUUUCCGAUAUGGUUGUGUUUGCUGAAAAGUGCAAUAACAGCAUUAUUCAAAUUGCAGCCUUGGUCAGCGUUACCUAUUAUCAACACGUAUUUGAGCUUGACGCAUUAGACGACUCUGUCCAGUUGAUUAUUUUUAGACUUGCUCUUCUGUUGAUUGACGAAUGUGAAGAAGACGGCUUACCAGUACUCUUAGAAGCAAUUGCGGCGGCAAUCACAAUUAGUCCCUCGGUUGCAGCGUCAAUCGAAGUGACAGCCAAUGUCAAUGUUGUUGAGCUUAUUUUCAAAAUAGCGUAUAAGGACCCUGCAAAUGUUCAACUAAUUUCAGACUCCUCGGAUUGUCUUAGCGCCCUUUUGGAAAAUGUCAAUGAGCAAGAUUAUAUGGUUACAUGCGAAAAAUCCCUACCAUUUAUUUUGAAAUUAAUGGAAACAAGCGACGGCGCUUACACACCCCAAUUGUACUUGAGUUUGGAGUUACUCGGAAUUAUCAUCAAAUCUGGACCUCACAAAACGCUUCCUUCUCAGAUAUUUGAAUAUGCAUUCCAUGCUCUCAAGUCAAUCCUUUUGAAGUCCACUGAUGACCAAAUCCUUCAAAGCGGUGGCGAGGUAUUCAACGAGUUGAUUCAAAGAGCAGCACAAUUAUUCAGUGAAUAUAAUGAUCCCGAAAACAAGGAAUCUGGGGUGGAAUCAAUGUUGAAGAUUGUCUACAAGUUUUUAUCACCCGAGUUGUCAGAUAGUGCUGCCAACAAAUGCGGCUCUAUAGUGUGCUCACUUAUAGCCAACUUUCAGACCCAGAUCCCGCAGGAAAUGUUGACGCGAAUCUUGCAAGCGACAGUGCAGAGACUAGUCAUUGCCAAGGAGCCAAUUACAAUCGAAAACCUUGUAAUGGUGCUUUGUCAAUUAGUUCUUUUGUCGCCGGAGGAGAUGAUCAAUUUUCUUUCAAGCAUGGUUAUAAAUGGUGAGCCCGGUUUGAAGACUGUUUUACCAAUUUGGUUUGACUCUUAUGAAAUCACACGUGGGUAUGAACAGAUUAAACAAAAUACCUUAGCUUUGGCGCGGAUUUUUACUUUGGGUGACUCCAGAGUUGAGAAUUUGAUUGUCAAUGGCGAGAUUGUUCCGUAUGAUGGUGAUUUGAUAAUCACCCGGUCGAUGGCCAAAAAGAUGCCAGAGAGAUAUACACAAAUUUCGGCGUCGCUAAAGAUUCUCAAAUUGCUUGCUGGCGAGCUUCAAUUUCAGUGCCAGCAACCAGAUGUAGCUGACUAUUUACCGAACCGAAGAGACAGAGGCAAUGAUGAGCAGAACUAUGAUAAUGACGGCGAUGAUGACAAUGACAACAAUGUACAUGAAGGUAGUGCUAGAGGUGGAGUAAAUACCGAUCACAGUGACUACAACGGUGACGAUGAUGACGACGACGACGGGUGGGAGGAUAUGGACGAUAUCGGUGUUCCUAACUAUGAGAAAUUGAAAUCGUACAUUGAUGAUGGAAAUAGGGCUAAUAAACUUCGUGGUGACGAUGAGAGUUUGAAAGAGUUGUUGGUACAGUUUUUCAAAGAGUGCGCUGGAGAGAAUCUUGGAGGAUUUGGAAAAUAUUACGAGCAGUUGAGUGACGGUGAAAAAAAAAUAAUUACAGAGUGUAUAGUUUUUUAA